AUGCAAGGCACGGCGUUGCCUCUUCUGCUCGCGUUUUUAGCGGCGUCGGUGAUUGUCGCGCCAGAUCUGGGUGGCGGCUCUGGCGGAGAUCUUGGCGGCGGCAGCGGCGGCGAUUUGGGCGGCGGCGGCGAUUCGGGCGGUGGCAGCGGCGGCGAUUUGGGAGGCGGCUCUGGCGGAGAUUUAGGCGGCGGCAGCGGUGGAGAUUUGGGCGGCGGCAGCGUCGGAGAUCUGGGCGGACCUGGCGGGCAGCAGGGCGGUCCCGGCGGACAGCAGGGUGGUCCCGGCGGACAGCAGGGCGGUUCCGGCGGACAGCAGGGCGGUCCCGGCGGACAGCAGGGCGGUCCCGGCGGACAGCAGGGCGGUCCCGGCGGACAGCAGGGCGGUCCAGGCGGACAGCAGGGCGGUCCAGGUGGACAGCAGGGCGGUCCAGGCGGACAGCAAGGCGGUCCCGGCGGACAGCAGGGCGGUCCCGGCGGAAAGCAGGGCGGACAGCAGGGCGGCAGCGGCGGAGAUCUGGGCGGCGGCAGCGGGGGAGAUCUGGGCGGCGGCAGCGGCGGACCUGGCGGACAGCAGGGCGGUCCCGGCGGACAGCAGGGCGGUCCCGGCGGACAGCAGGGCGGUCCAGGCGGACAGCAGGGCGGUCCAGGCGGACAGCAGGGCGGUCCCGGCGGACAGCAGGGCGGUCCCGGCGGACAGCAGGGCGGUCCCGGCGGACAGCAGGGCGGUCCAGGCGGACAGCAGGGCGGUCCAGGCGGACAGCAGGGCGGUCCAGGCGGACAGCAAGGCGGUCCCGGCGGACAGCAGGGCGGUCCCGGCGGAAAGCAGGGCGGACAGCAGGGCGGCAGCGGCGGAGAUCUGGGCAGCGGCAGCGGGGGAGAUCUGGGCGGCGGCAGCGGCGGACCUGGCGGACAGCAGGGCGGUCCCGGCGGACAGCAGGGCGGUCCCGGUGGACAGCAGGGCGGUCCAGGCGGACAGCAGGGCGGUCCUGGCGGACAGCAGGGCGGUCCCGGCGGACAGCAGGGCGGUCCCGGCGGACAGCAGGGCGGUCCCGGCGGACAGCAGGGCGGUCCUGGCGGACAGCAGGGCGGUCCCGGCGGACAGCAGGGCGGACAGCAGGGCGGCAGCGACGGAGAUCUGGGCGGUGGCAGCGGGGAAGAUCUGAGCGGCGGCAGCGGCGGACCUGGCGGCCAGCGGGCGGACCUGGCGGACAACAGCGGUCCCGGCGGACAACAGGGCGGUCCCGGCGGACAGCAGGGCGGUCCCGGCGGACAGCAGGGCGGUCCUGGCAGACAGCAGGGCGGUCCCGGCGGACAGCAGGGCGGUCCAGGCGGACAGCAGGGCGGUCCAGGCGGACAGCAGGGCGGUCCCGGCGGACAGCAGGGCGGUCCCGGCGGACAGCAGGGCGGUCCAGGCGGACAGCAGGGCGGUCCAGGCGGACAGCAGGACGGUCCCGGCGGACAGCAAGGCGGUCCCAGCGGACAGCAGGGCGGUCCCGGCGGACAGCAGGGCGGUCCUGGCGGACAGCAGGGCGGUUCCGGCGGACAGCAGGGCGGACAGCAGGGCGGCAGCGGCGGAGAUCUGGGCGGUGGCAACGGGGAAGAUCUGAGCGGCGGCAGCGGCGGACCUGGCGGACAGCGGGCGGACCUGGCGGACAACAGCGGUCCCGGCGGACAACAGGGCGGUCCCGGCGGACAGCAGGGCGGUCCCGGCGGACAGCAGGGCGGUCCCGGCGGACAGCAGGGCGGUCCCGGCGGACAGCAGGGCGGUCCCGGCGGACAGCAGGGCGGUCCCGGUGGACAGCAAGGCGGACAACAGGGCGGACCUGGCGGACAGCAGGGCGAGCAGCAGGGCGGACCUGGCGGGCAGCAGGGCGGGCAGCAGGGCGGACCCGGUGGGCAGCAGGCCGGACCUGGCGGGCAGCAGGGCGGGCAGCAGGGCGGACCUGGCGGGCAGCAGGGCGGGCAGCAGGGCGGGCAGCAGGGCGGGCAGCAGGGCGGACCUGGUGGGCAGCAGGGCGGGCAGCAGGGCGGACCUGGCGGGCAGCAGGGCGGGCAGCAGGGCAGACCUGGCGGGCAGCAGGGCGGACCUGGCGGGCAGCAGGGCGGGGAGCAGGGCGGACCUGUCGGGCAGCAGGGCGGACCUGGCGGGCAGCAGGGCGGGCAGCAGGGCGGACCUGGCGGGCAGCAGGGCGGGCAGGGCGGACCUGGCGGGCAGCAGGGCGGACCUGUCGGGCAGCAGGGCGGACCUGGCGGGCAGCAGGGCGGACCUGGCGGGCAGAAGGGCGGACCUGGCGGGCAGCAGGGUGGGCAGCAGGGCGUACCUGGCGGGCAGCAGGGUGGACAGCAGGGCGGACAGCAGGGCGGACAGCAGGCACCUGGCGGACAACAGGGAGGUGCUGGUGGGGAGCAGGGGGGAACCGGUGGGCAGCAGGGUGGUUCUGGCGGAGAUCAGGGGGGAUCUGGCGGGGGAUCUGGAGGGAUUACUACUCUUCAGAAUGUGGGAGACAGCACUUUCUCAAAGAUUGGUGUGAAGGCAGGAAAGGGGGGAAAGGGCGGCAAGGGUGGAAAGGGAGGGAAGGGGGGAAAGGGUGGCAAGGGCGGAAAGAAGUGA